AUGUCUACCGCCAAUAAGACCAUUGCUUUUAAAAUUGCCUCUCAUAGGUAUAGGAAGAUCAAAAAACAAAUUGAGAGGUCAAUUGCUCUCAGUGAUAUGCAAUUCGAGGCGAACUGUAGUAGAAAAAUGUCUAAUGAACCCACGCAUGAAAGUGUAUCUAUAAGUGUAUUUGAUGAGAUUGAACCUUGCAAUACAGAUCAGAGUGGAAGUGUUUCGAUUUCUGAAUCUGAUGCACCUCAUACUGAUGACAGUGAGAAAGAACAUGCAAAUGUGGACUAUGAUAGUACAGAGAUUGAUGAUUCUAUCGCAGAAAGUGAGACUGAAUCUAUUGACUUGCACAGUGAUACUAGUGAUAGCGGAUCAAAUGAUGACUUGCCUGUGGCCUCAAAUAUUGAGUCUUCUGUCGACCAUGAUCCUGUUACAUUUUUGAGCAGCUGGGCAUUGAAAAAUAAUGUGACUCACACAGCACUUUCUGAAUUACUGUCUUGGUUUUCUACCAAACCAGAUAUAUAUCAUUUACCACUUGAUGCACGAACACUCCUGAAAACUCCUGUGAAUUCACGAGUUGAAAAAAUGGGGAAAGGUGAAUUUUAUUACUUUGGCCUGAAAAAAUACUUGGAUGAUAUAUUCAAAAUUUAUCCCACUUGCCUUGAAAUGAAUUUAGAUUUCGGCAUAGAUGGAUUGCCCCUCCACAAAAGCACCAACUUGUCAUUUUGGCCAGUAAUAUGUAAAGUGAAUAUUGAUAUCAAACUAGAUCCAACUAUUUUUACUGUGUCUAUUUAUUGUGGUUCAGAAAAGCCCCCCCCCCUUGAAGAAUACUUUGAGAAAUUCACUAUUGAACUUAAACAAUUGCUUAAAGAUGGCAUAACAGGUAUUGAAAAUAAAAUAUGUUAA